UGAGGUGUGGUUUACAGGUGCAAAUUCAGGAAAGGCCUGUUCCCGGGUAGCCACAAGCGAGACAGAUCCCUCCCCUUGCCUCUUGUGUCUGGAUGCACACUCUCUGAACUCUCAAACCAUUUGACUUCAACCUACCUCGAUCAUCUCACCCGAGUCCUAGCAGCAGCACUCAGGUAGAGGAGCCAAACAUGAAACUGCCUCUGGGCAUCACACUUGCACUCUUCUUGAUACUUCAGGCGUUCCAACAGGCAUCCACCCAGAAACCUGAGGACUGGGAAAGAUAUAAUGGGACUACAGGCGAAGAAGGACAGCAGAAUUCCACAAAGUUGGAUCAGAUGCCUGAGCAGUCCGUUGCUGACACAGAGGAAGCUAGUUCUGACGGUCCCAUUUCUACAGCACCACCUCUUGUGACUGCACUUAAUACAAGUUCUGAGCACUUAAAUACAUCAGCACAAUCCAACGAAACACUGACACAGGACACCGCCACGAAUACCUCCACACCAGAGCCAGAACACACAGAUGAAUCUACUCUUAAUGACACAUAUACCAGUCCACAUCCUGAGACUACCACAACAGAGAGCAGCCAUAAUGAAACGGGUUCUGGAUAUUUUCCCUCAGAUGAUGUACCCAGCAGCAGCACUACUAAGAGUCCGACCACCACAAGAAAAGACGAAAGCGUCCAGAACGAAACUACAGUGGGUCCAACUCAAACACCAGCACACAGAAGUACAACGGCAGCAAUUCGACCGACCGUCUCUGAGAACGUCACGACUCCUGCCCUGCCAGACAGUGAGGAGACGAACCAGACCCAACCUACUGACACCAGAGAGAAUUCUGAAAGAGGUUUAUCUUCAGAUGUUACUGAAAGCAGGAAAGGGCAGGCAUGGACUGUUGUCCUAGUCAUUGGGAUUAUAGUGGGGGUCUUGGCCUUGGGAGCAUUUAUCAUCAUGAAUCGAAGAAACAAAAGAGACUUCUCACACAGAAAACUUGAGGAAGAGAUGUCACCUGAUCCAGUUCUCCGAUUGGAUAACAGUGAGCCACUCGACCUGAAGUUUGAGGGAUUUGGUUACAACAAUCCAGGACUACAAGGGGACAACAUCCAGAUGGCCAACUUUCCACAGGGACAUUCAAAAUGAGAACAAAUCUGUGAUGCCAUAGACAUUUUUUUUAUGUUGCAGCACCCAUGUGAAGACAAAAGAAUGUAAUUAAGAAAUUAUAGUCAUUUUUGCCAACUCAAUCAUUAGGCAAUUUUGCAUAACUGAACAAUAAUAAAAAAAUCUAUAAUACUAAUAAUAAAAAAAAAUAUUUUUUAUUUUUAGUAGUGUCUUUUGUUUGAAUCUGAAAGAAAAGAAUGUUUCUAUACUGGGCACUUUUUGUUGGAACUGUAAAGUGUUGGAUUGUAUGUCUGCUUCUAUCUAAUUGUUCAACAAGAUUGUUUACAUGUCAAUUCAUGUAACAUGUCAAAACCCAUAUAUGCAAAAUGGUGGAAAUUAUCAGCAUCAUGACACAGCUUCACAUGCACAACAGUUUUGGUCUAGAAGAUCAAGAUUAUAUCACUGGGAUACAUCUAUUGGCUUUUUGCCUCAUUGAAUUUUCAGACACAGGUCUUUCGUAUGAGCCUAUAAUAUUUGAAGAUUUUUUUUAGUUUGCAAAAGCUUUAAACUAAAUAGAGAAUAAACAUUUCAGUAGGUUCUCACAUUAUUAUAAAUAAUAAAAUGAUAAAAUAA